GCUUUCUGAAACAGCGCUCCUUGUCGCAGCUUCCGCCAGUCUUUUUCAGGUCUGAACUUCAGCGCCAGACCACAGCAGCGGUCAGACAUGGCUAAAAACACGGCCAUCGGCAUCGACCUGGGCACCACCUACUCUUGCGUGGGGGUGUUCCAGCACGGCAAGGUGGAGAUCAUCGCCAACGACCAGGGCAACCGCACCACCCCCAGCUACGUGGCCUUCACCGACACCGAGCGGCUCAUCGGCGAUGCGGCCAAGAACCAGGUGGCUCUGAACCCCCAGAACACCGUGUUCGACGCCAAGCGGCUGAUCGGCCGCAAGUUCAGCGACUCGGUGGUGCAGUCGGACAUGAAGCACUGGCCCUUCCAGGUGAUCAACGACGGGGACAAGCCCAAGGUGCAGGUGAGCUACAAGGGGGAGACCAAGGCGUUCUACCCCGAGGAGAUCUCGUCCAUGGUGCUGACCAAGAUGAAGGAGAUCGCCGAGGCGUACCUGGGCUGCCCGGUGACGAACGCGGUGAUCACGGUGCCAGCCUACUUCAACGACUCGCAGCGCCAGGCCACCAAGGACGCAGGCGUGAUCGCGGGGCUGAACGUGCUGAGGAUCAUCAACGAGCCCACUGCGGCCGCCAUCGCCUACGGCCUGGACCGAACAGGCAAGGGGGAGCGCAACGUGCUCAUCUUUGACCUGGGCGGGGGCACGUUUGACGUGUCCAUCCUGACGAUCGACGAUGGCAUCUUUGAGGUGAAGGCCACGGCCGGGGACACCCACCUGGGUGGGGAGGACUUUGACAACAGGCUGGUGAGCCACUUUGUGGAAGAGUUCAAGAGGAAGCACAAGAAAGACAUCAGCCAGAACAAGCGGGCAGUGAGGCGGCUGCGCACUGCCUGCGAGAGGGCCAAGAGGACCCUGUCUUCCAGCACCCAGGCCAGCUUGGAGAUUGACUCUCUUUUUGAGGGUAUCGACUUCUACACGUCCAUCACCAGGGCUCGCUUUGAAGAGCUGUGCUCUGACCUGUUCCGUGGCACCCUGGAGCCCGUGGAGAAGGCUCUGCGUGAUGCCAAGCUGGACAAGUCGCAGAUCCACGACCUGGUCCUGGUGGGGGGCUCCACUCGCAUCCCCAAGGUGCAGAAGCUGCUGCAGGACUUUUUCAAUGGGCGCGACCUCAACAAGAGCAUCAACCCCGAUGAGGCGGUGGCCUAUGGGGCAGCGGUGCAGGCAGCCAUCCUGAUGGGAGACAAGUCCGAGAACGUGCAGGACCUGCUCCUGCUGGACGUGGCUCCCCUGUCACUGGGGCUGGAGACUGCUGGGGGCGUGAUGACUGCCCUGAUCAAGCGCAACUCCACCAUCCCCACCAAGCAGACGCAGGUGUUCACCACCUACUCUGACAACCAGCCUGGGGUGCUGAUCCAGGUGUAUGAGGGUGAGAGGGCCAUGACUCGGGACAACAACCUGUUGGGGCGAUUUGAGCUGAGUGGCAUCCCACCGGCCCCCAGGGGUGUGCCCCAGAUCGAGGUGACCUUUGACAUUGAUGCCAAUGGCAUCCUGAAUGUCACGGCCACUGACAAGAGCACUGGCAAAGCCAACAAGAUCACCAUCACCAAUGACAAGGGCCGCCUGAGCAAGGAGGAGAUCGAUCGCAUGGUGCAGGAGGCAGAGAGGUACAAAGCUGAAGAUGAAGUGCAGCGUGAGAGGGUGUCUGCCAAGAAUGCCCUGGAGUCCUAUGCUUUCAACAUGAAGAGCGCUGUGGAGGAUGAGGGUCUCAAGGGUAAGAUCAGCGACAGUGACAAGAAGAAGGUGCUGGACAAGUGCCAGGAGGUGAUCUCCUGGCUGGAUUCCAACACCCUGGCUGAGAAAGAAGAGUUUGAGCACAAGAGAAAGGAGUUGGAGCAGGUGUGUAACCCCAUCAUUACUGGACUGUACCAGGGGGCAGGUGGGCCUGGAGCUGGUGGCUUUGGGGCUCAGGCUCCCCGGGGUGCCUCUGCAUCUGGUCCCACCAUUGAAGAGGUGGAUUAGGGGAUCUUUGCUGCCUAAAUUCUUUGAGGUGAUUGGAACUCAUGGACAUUGCCUUAUCCUUUUAUUUUUAUACUACUUGAUUUUACCUUUUCCUCCCUCCUACAGUUAAAUUGCAAUCUAAUGAUAAAUAGGUGUCUCUUGUUAAUGAUUUUGUAGCAUAACUGGAUGUUUAUUCUAAUUUGCAUUUUAAUAUAAGUCAGUGAUACAAACUAGUAUUUUGUGAAUCUCGAUCUUCAAGUGAGUCAACACUGCCACCCUCU